CGGCACACAAUCAAAUUAAAAAAGGAUUCCGCAUUCUCUGUCGGCGUUGGUCUCGACUCGUGCGAAAAUCUCAUUUACGAAUUUUCGCACCCAUCCAUAUAGUGGAAGUGGUGAAUUUUUUUUUUUUCGUGUAAUCGCGAGCGUUGGAGCGAGAAUUGGCAGUGAGAGAUAAGCAUGGGCUGUGGGAAAGGACCAGGUGUGCACCACCGCCAGGGUUAGUGCUCAAAAGUGCGUUUGGGCAAAAUGGAGUGGAUCAUCGCUGUGGUCGACGGCAUCCUGAUGAUUUGCAUCCUCGGCGGCAACUGCCUCACGGUCACGGUCAUCGUCAGGAAGCCGAAACUCGCGACGCCCUCGAACCAAUUCGUCCUGGGACUCGCGCUCGCCGACAUGCUUGUUGGAAUUUCCAUGCCGUACCACAUGGCGUUCUACAUUUCGGACGAAAUAAACCACUGGCUCGUUCCGUGUUUGAUUCGCUUCGUCCUGAUGAUCAUGGCCUGCUCGGCGUCCGUGCUGCACCUCAUCUGCGUGGCCGUCGACCGCUACCUGGCCAUCAUCUACCCCCUACGCCACCAAGUCAUAGUAACCAAAGGGCGAGCCCGUCAGGCUAUUUUCUGCAACUGGGUGAUCGCGGUGGCGAUUUCAACAAUGCCUAUUUAUUGGAAUGAUUGGACGGUGCAUUCACAAUACUGUUCGAUUGAAAACAUUUUGCCGGCCAACUUUUUCCUCUGCGUUGUGAUUCCCGCUUUCACUAUUCUUCUGGUGAUCAUGCUGGGCACCUACGUCCGAAUCCACCAAGUCGCUUCGUCUCACGCAACCCGCCUUUCCCAGCAGCGAUUGUCCUGCUCGCACAUCAGCAUCCACGUCGGCACCAACGACAUCCAACACCUCCAGAAAGGCAAAAAGUCUAUGCAGGUAGUGGCGCUGGUGCUGGGCUGCUUUUGCGUCUGCUGGUGCCCCUAUUUGACAAUCGGCACCAUCAUUCUGCACGGGUACAAAACCCACACCCUCGACUUAGCCUACAAUCUGGCCUUCAGCUUCGCCAUGGCCAACUCCUGCAUGAACCCGGUGAUCUACGCGUGGAAAAACCAAGACUUCAAGUGCGCCUUCCAAGAGCUGCUGGGAUGCUGUCGGACGAAGCCCUCCCUAAGCACGGAGGAAAUUGUCCGCUCUCGAAGCCAAAGCAAUAUCGAGGCCAGAGCGUCGGCGUCCACAUCCCGCUCGUCCAUCAACGAAAUACAAAUCGAACGAUUCUAAUACCAUCAGCCUUUGUAUAU